GAAUCAUCACACCAUUAGACGAUCUGUGAGACUUUUCGUCUUCUUAGCAGGAUGUCUUCAGGCAGCAUGUGGAGGUCACUGGUGAGCCAGGUGCUGGGCGUGGCCACGAGAAGACCUGCUCUGCUUUCUGCCUCCUUCUCCAGAGGGAUGCAGACCGUCACUAUGAUUCCUGGAGAUGGGAUCGGUCCAGAGAUCUCUGCUGCUGUUAUGAAGAUCUUUGAUGCAGCUAAAGCGCCCAUCAGAUGGGAGGAGCGGAACGUCACGGCGAUCAAAGGACCCGGCGGGAAGUGGAUGAUCCCUCCUGAUGCCAAAGAGUCCAUGGACAGGAGCAAAAUCGGCCUGAAAGGACCCCUGAAGACGCCCAUCGCUGCUGGCCAUCCCUCCAUGAACCUGCUGCUCAGGAAGACCUUUGACCUUUACGCCAACGUGCGGCCCUGCGUCUCCAUCGAAGGCUACAAGACGCCGUACACCGACGUCGACCUGGUCACCAUCCGGGAGAACACGGAGGGCGAGUACAGCGGCAUCGAGCACGUGGAGAAUGUCGGACGGUUUGUUCCUGAGGAAAUGUCGAGAGGUGGCCGAGAGCUACAAAGACAUCAAAUUCACAGAGAUGUACCUGGACACCGUGUGCCUCAAUAUGGUUCAGGACCCGACCCAGUUCGACGUCCUGGUCAUGCCCAACUUGUAUGGAGACAUCCUCAGUGACCUGUGUGCUGGUUUGAUCGGAGGACUCGGCGUCACUCCCAGCGGCAACAUCGGAGCAAACGGAGUCGCCAUUUUUGAAUCGGUACACGGCACCGCCCCCGACAUCGCCGGCAUGGACCUGGCCAACCCCACCGCCCUGCUGCUCAGCGCCGUCAUGAUGCUGCGUCACAUGGGGUUGCACGACUUCGCCCACAGGAUCCAGACCGCCUGUUUCGACACCAUUAAAGACAAGAAG